AUGGUAUUUGAUAUUGCUCACAAUGAUGCACUUACUAUGUGCAAAGUAUACGAAGACAGAGAAUUUUUAAUUGAUCAGAGGAAGGAAAGAAAAAUUAUUUCAUCAGAAGACAAAAAGUACAACGAGAAACAAGAAAGAAUUCUUCAAAGAAAAAUGAAAGAACAAAAGAGGCUUGAAAAAGAAGAUGAAUCACCAGAACAUUCUGAUUCAGCCAGUUUUAAAUCAGAAGAGAUGUAUAAGCCAUCAUCAUUAUCAUCUCUAAAAAGAAGGAAAUCCCAAACAGACUCGCAGACUGAACCAAUUGCAAAGAAAUCUUUAUUUUCUACACAUGUCACUAGCGCUUUAGAUCGAAAUAAGGUUUCUGAUAGGGAAGCCUUAAGAUUAAUGGUCCCUAUUGCAGCAGCAUUGGGACAUGACCCUAGUUCAUUGCCAUUAUCUCGAAGCACUAUUCAACGCAAAAGAAAAGAAGGCAGAAAGGCUGUGUUUAAGGAAAUAAAGCAAUCUGUUACUUUCGACGUUCCAGUUAUAGUUCAUUGGGACGGGAAGAUUCUUCCUGAUAUUUUGGGCAAUGAAAAAGUAGAUCGUUUGCCCGUGUUAGUAUCUGCAGAUGGUAAGGGUUUGAGAAAUGGAGCUUGUGUUAUGCUGGAACAUAAAGUUGGAAAAGAAUUAUUAUGGCUAGCAUGCAGGCACCACAUUUUGGAGAUUGUUCUCAGUAAGGUAUUUACUCUAUGUUUCGGACCAUCCAGUUCUCCUGACAUUUCUUUAUUCAAAAGAUUCAAGGUAGCAUGGCCCUCUAUACACCAAGAAAACUACAAACUAUUGGAAGAAGCUCCUGGAAGUGAAAAUUUCAAGCUCUCUGCAGUAAAUGCUUUAUUAGUUGCCUUAGGAAGGAAAAAUCAGCCCAGAGACGAUUACAUGGAGUUAAUAGAGCUGUCUCUACUAGCUCUGGGCCAUACGCCAGAUAAAAUUUAUUGGAGAGCUCCAGGUGCAGUACACCACGCUCGUUGGAUGGCGAAACUGUUAUACGCCAUCAAAAUCUACUUGUUUCGUGAGGAAGACGGUUUCAAAACCACACUAAGGAAAAAAUCACAGUUAGAACGCUUUGUGAACUUUGGAGCUCUUGUAUAUGUAAAAUAUUGGAUUGAAGCCCCUAUAGCUACAAAUGCUUGGGCAGAUCUUUUUCUAUGGAAAGACAUGACCAAUUAUGAAGUUAUUGAUCCUCAAAUCAGUGAAGUGGUUAAAAAUGCCAUAAAACCUCAUCUUUGGUACCUCUCGGAUGAGUUAGUUGGUUUAAGUUUAUUCUCAGAAAAAGUAUCAAAUGAGGAAAAGGUGAAAAUUGUUAAAAAGAUGGGUUGUGAGCCUACUGACCGAAAGGAAGACCAGAAUGGCAUUGUUGUGCUUUUGUGGAAGGAUACCAGAGAUGUGAGAUUACUUUCAACAAAACAUUCGCCAAUCAUAGUGCCAGUGAAUCGGGCAAUAAAAAAAUUCAAAUUUGCCACAUGGACCAAUUUCGAUCAAAAUGAGAUAAGACCCACGACAAGCCAGAAAGAAACUGAUCAAUUACAUCAAACCAAUAAGAACAAAGAUGACCUACCAACAUCAAUAAGAGAAUAG